AUGGGCACCCCCGGAUUUUGUCUCGGCAGCACGGACUGGCAAAGCCAACUGGCAGCAGUGGCGCCGGGCGCCAGCGCCAACUUCUUCAACACCUUUAUGAAGGUCUGGGACGAUGUGACCCCUCUCAUCGGUUUCGUCUUCUGCCUGGGCGACCGCCCGGGCUCGUGGGUGGUGAGUGACACCUAUGGGUCCAGCUCCCAGCUUUACGACUCCUACCAGGGCCUCACAUAUCUGCGGAACCUCUUCAUUGCAAGUGAGGAUGCCGAGGAGUGGGGCACCGUCGGCCUCUACAUGACACUGCCAUGCCCGUCUGCUGAUGAUCCUACCGCGUUCACCGAACUCAAGACUGGCUUUGCGUUCAACAAGUGCGACUCAGGUGUCAACUUCAUGCUGUCCAUAAGCCCCAAUACCAUGGCAUGCUAUGCGGAGAAGUUUAGCCCCCCAGUGGGCAAGCUCGUGGCCAUGAUGCCCGAGUUCAGCUUCGGCAUCUCGGUUGACAGGAAGCUCUCCAGAACCGUGCUGCUGGCGCAUGGCGAUGGCGACAACAUCCACGUGAGCAGCGUCACCUUGAAGGCACACCUGGGUGUAUCAGUCAGAGCCCGCAUCUCCUUGGGGAAGCUCCUUAGCCUGGAGAAUGCUGUGGGAGACUUGCUGGCCGGAGAUCUUCAGUUGCAGGUCGCUGCGGGUUUCGACGUGGAAGAGGAGGUGAAGGACGCGCUGACCUGGCUGACCACCUCCGACCUCACCAAUUCCUUGCCCGACCUCGUGGGGGGUGUUGCUUCUGCCUACUACCUGACCCCACUUGGGGCGGCUGUCGCGCUGGAACACGCUGGUGCUGCCACCCCAGUUGUGAAUUUGGUGCGAGCCCUGUGUCACGCAACCUUCAUGAUCCAGGUCACUGGAUACAUCUCCCUGCUCUUGAGAAGCGCCACCGGCGGGAUCUUGCCGAAUCUGUCCUUUCAACUCUUUCAAGCAAAUAUGAUGCUGAGGACUGGGCCGGGAAACGGUCAGGACGAUGCCGAGUCUCACCUUCCAGGACUCUACUUCUUUCUCUCAGCGGACUUGGGUAAUUUGGUUGAGUCCAUCGUCCAGUCGGUCUUGGGGGAAAUCGGCGGCUUUCUGGACGUGAUCGGCGUGGACACAGACUCGGGCAUCUCACUCAGCGCUGGCGGGGGCAUCGGCUUUUUCAUCAACACCGCUGGGGUCGGCUUCUACUCAGAGGUGAAGGUGGGGGGCUCCGCGACGACUGUGAGGUGCAUCUUCAAGUUCGCCAACUCCAAGCUGCGCUGCAAGGCGAGGCUGGGCUGGGCUGAGAUCUUCGCCCAAGCGGGGAAGUUCGUCAUCAACAAGAUCGACGACUUCGCGGGCCACGGGGCGCAGGAGAUCGCCGAGUUCUACCAAGACCAGGUGGGCGCAAACGGCGCCAAGUUCGCUAAGGCGGUGGUGAACCAAGGGAAGAAGGUGGUGGACAGGGCUAAGUGCAAGCUUAGCAACUUGCUGGGCGGCAAGUGCAAGAAAUCGGGGGGUAAUCCCAGUUCUUGCGGAGACGGCACGGAGUACGUCAUCAAGAAUGACAAGAGUCAGUGCUUGCAGAUAUCACCUGACUGCUACCAGCUUGACUCGGAAGGCAAGGUCUACUUCUACAGAGUAGACUGCAAGCCUGCGUUCGCUGAUUGCACGCAUUACAGUUCCAGCUAUUCUGAGCAGAUGAAGAGCUUUUGGUGGUUCACGAAAGAGCGGUAUCUCUGCAACGAGUACAUGCACAACAUGUACUUCGCAGACAUCUCUGACCCAGACAGCAACCCGAAAUGUAUCAAACAGAGUGGUACCAACCUAAACUUUGUGAGCCCCUCGCAGUCUCCGUCGAAGCAUGACAUCAACAAGAAAUCCACCGAGAGGUUCAGGAUCGCCUUCCAGGGCGUCAGUGGACCUUAUGGACAAGUCUGCCUGCAGAGCAGCGAGGCAGGGCCGGCCUUCGAUCGCAGGCGGCGACGGAAUUUCCAGAAUGUCUUCGUGAGGGGCUACCAGGGGGGCCGGCGCCGGCGGCGCUGCGACAAGAACGCUGCAAAGAGUUUUAGGAUUUAUCAGAAGCUUGAGCCCGGCAAUGGGCAGAACUAUGAAAAGGAGAAUGGCGACUCGCAGUUCAACUCCGGCUGCAGCUGA